AUGGAGUGUAUGCUUUUGCUGUGUCCUGCAGCUAAUCAGUCAGACUGUCGGCCCUGUAGCCCUCUCUCUAAAGAACAUCAAAAAAACUGGAACAGAUAUAUUGACUUAUUGCUGUCGAAUUGGGAAGACAAGCUUCACCUUCCCACAUAUUAUCGAGAAUUGAAAGCACACCCUUUUUGUUGUACUCCACGUCCAGGCUAUUCUUGUCGUCUGAAUCUUAUUCAUGAACCCCGAAAGGAACCUCGGCAGUUCUAUGAUCUCACGUGUGCGAACGAAGACUUCUUUACGCCCAUUAAAUGUCUGCAAGACAAUGACAUCAGGUGCUGUUCUGAAAAGCACUGUAAUGUGCCAUCUUCAGAUGAACUCCUGUUGCUUGUCAAAGACAGCCCCUCAAAUUUAUAUAUUGUCGCCAUAUCUCUCUUAACAAUACUAUGCAUCAUACUUUGUAUCGUAUCAGGGACUUUCUACUUUCUCUUGAGAAGGAAAUCAGCUCGACCAAAACAGAUGAUCGCUUCUCAGGAUGGUAUUACAUCUGAUCAUCUGUGGACAUCAAAUAAUAUUGACAACCAAUACUUAAAGAGGUCUUUACAAGCACCAGACACUUUAACUGUAAAUAAUACUUGUCCUGAAAAUGCAAAAGUAUUUUUCAAUGAUCCUUCCGCUGUUUCUGCUGGUAUAACUGGUCGUGCGGCUGGUAGCUUGAGUCAUUUUGGCAGUAGUGCUUUGGGAGCUACUCCUGGAAAUAUUAAUUCAUGCUCAAAUUCCCCUACUGGAGCUAUGACCAUCACUAGUUCGGGGUCGAAUUCUGCUAUGCCUACAACAGGUACUACUCCUGCGGAUUUGCUGGACCACACGUGCAGUGGAUCAGGAUCCGGAAAACCUCUACUAGUUCAGCGAACAGUCGCCAGGCAGGUUCAAUUGGAAAAACGUAUCGGUGAAGGUCGAUAUGGUGUUGUAUGGCGUGGCGUUUGGCAAGGUGAUUUAGUAGCGGCCAAAAUUUUUUCUAGUCGAGAUGAACGUUCAUGGUUCCGUGAGACAGACAUUUAUCAAACGGUGAUGUUGCGUCAUGCAAAUAUUCUAGGCUUUAUUGCAGCUGACAACAAAGAUACAGGACUGUCAACUCAAUUAUGGCUGAUAACUGAUUAUCAUCCUUUAGGAUCAUUAUAUGAAUUCCUACAACAACAUUGUCUUACACCAUUUGCCCUUGUACGUGCUGUUGCAUCAAUCAUUAAUGGUUUGGCUCAUUUACAUAUGGAAAUUACUGGGACACAGGGUAAACCUGCUAUAGCUCAUCGUGAUCUGAAGUCUAGAAAUAUCUUAGUUAAAAUGGAUGGUGAGUGCUGUAUUGGAGAUUUGGGCUUCGCACUUAAAUUGGACUCAUCUAUGAAUUCUGCAUUGGAGGUCAAUUCAAACUCAGACCGUGUUGGAACCAAACGUUAUAUGGCUCCUGAAGUGUUAGAUAAUACAAUACGUUCAACGAGUCCAGAAGCAUUUAAACAAGCUGAUAUGUACAGUCUAGGUCUGGUAUUUUGGGAGGUCACAAGACGAUGUUAUGUCCAUAAUUUAUUCGGACCAGACGAAUAUCAACUGCCUUAUCAAGAUCUUGUGUCUGCGGAUCCUUCAGUGGAAGAAAUGAAAUCUAUUGUUUGUGAACAAGGUCUACGACCAGGUCUACCAGCUAUAUGGUCACAACAUGAAAUCAUCCGAGCAUUACAAGAUAUAAUGAGUGAAUGUUGGUAUGCUAGUCCAUCGGCUAGACUGUCAGCUAUGCGCGUUAAAAAAUCACUAGCUGGUGUACGCAAACAAUUAGACAGUAAUCCAGCAUUGUCAGAUUUCUCACAUACUAACUAUCUACCUCUAGAAGCUACUGACAAGCUUCCUUUUGGCAUAAUUCGUUAUCCAUCUGUCCCACGCCAUACUAUGAAUAAUAGUAUCAAUUAUAAUAAUCAACAAAUAAAUUUACUAUCAAAUCUUACAAGUACUACUACUACUUCUACAGCUGGUAGUAAACUACUUAUCUCAGGCGGCGGUGAUAACAACAAUAUUGCUUAUAACAGUAAUAAUAAUAAUAAUAAUCUUUCACUAACCACUAGCAUUGCCACCACACCUAUAACAAUGCUCGGUAAUAAUAUACAUUAUAGAAAUUCUCAAUUGGAUGAUAACGAUAUGUUGUAUUCAUCGUCAUUAUUAUUAUGUAACAAGGGAAAUAUUUCUUCACAUUGGUCAAAUUGUGAAUAUGAUAAAUUAUUAUUAUUCAAUACACAUGAUAACAAUAAUAAUCCUAAUGAAAGAUCCAAUAAUGGUAAUAAUAAUAAUAAUUCAAAGCAUUUAUAG